AUGAACUCCGAAGGCGACCCAUGCUGCCCCUCUACCCCUGCGAAUCCCACUGUCGAUACUGUUGACCAAGACCCAGGUACUCAACUUCAUAUUCCUGGUCUCGUUGGAAGACGGAAGCCUGGAAGGCCUUCAGGAUCCAAGAACAAGGCCAAGGCCAAGAUUCCAUCUAUUGAAGGUCUGGGACUUCGAAAUAGAACUGUCUUUGUCCCAUGGAGCGAAAUCGACAUCAGUGACAGCAGUGAAGAUGACAAGAAUGACUUCAAAGACAUCCACGAUAAUGGGAGUGAGUGGGAGGGCGAUGAUUCCGACUUCGAGAGUAAGGGUGAAUCCAAAUUUAUCUCCGAGCAGCGACAAGCAUACCGACAAGGAGUUCAGCAUAUGACCCAACUGAUCCAAGAAAGAGGCCCCAGUACUGAUAGAUCCAUCGGAUCUAAGCAACAUUUCUCUUCUCCCGCUCGUCGACGUACUACCGUCUGGAACCAGGCCAAGGAGGAUGACCUCAAUAAUCGUUGGGAACGUAGCUUGGAAAGGGCAGCCAUAGAGCGUUACUCCGAAGGGGCUCAUAGUCUUUUGGCGACGUGGAACAUGUCUCUGCACCUCUUCGGGAUCAACCCUCUCGCACUGAUCUCCAUGUAUCGACACACGACCUUCGACAAUACCGCCAGCGACUGCUUCGAGCACCACGGAGAAAUAAAACAAAAUCCACUUUGGACCCGCGACUUCUGCAGAAAGCUCACACGAAUUAUGGUUCACCCUCUGUUUGUCAACGACAACGAUCAUCGCUUCAUUCCUAUUUUCAUUAGAUGGGCUGUGAUUUGCAGGGCUGACGAUGGUCACGGUUUCACAGAGAUGGAGCAACAAUUACUUGACGACGUCCACUGCGGGAGCUUUCGUCCAUCAGAUAGCAAAGAGUCUAUGGUGGAGCGUUUUCAAGACUAUCAACAGAAACGAAAGGAUGACGACCGAAUCAUCUCGAGACAUGCCCAACUAAUGUUCCGCAUUGUGGAACAUUCCAAGACAAUCAAGAGAGAAUCCCUCGAAAGCUUCGCCCCCGUCAAAAUUCGAGAUCUGACAGUCAUUGUCGAUGCCCUGGAUAGCCUCGAACGCUACACUACCAACACCACCUGCGAGACAUAUUUUCUAGUCUAUUCCGCCUGUGAAAAACCUCCAGUUCAACCCAAAGGUUUGCACGAGCUUUUGGAGGCGUACAAAACAUCGUGGAUCAGCUUGCAACGGCGAGAAAUGCCCGACUAUACUCACAUUGGGCUGACCACCACACCCAACCAUCAAACUAAUGCAGCAGGAGCGGCUAUCGAAGGGCCUGGGAAACAUAAUACUGAUCAGACAGAUUGUAGCCCUGGUUCAGCUGUCGAUUGUAGAGGUGGGACUGCAUCCGAAGCCAACGACCCGCCUCCCAAGUCUGAUGAAUAUCCUUCCCAUGAUCACCAAUCUACCCGCUCUCCAUCAGAACUUGGAUACUGCAAGGUACUAGGAAAUGCAGAGGCCUCUAUUUCCAGCCCUGCCGAUGCUGGUAUUGAUCACUUGCACGAAUCCCGGAGAUUCUUGAUAAGAAUUGAUCAACAUUCAAAGUCUCUUGCUCAUGAGUCUGUAAAGCCUCGAGAUAUCACGCAAACACAGCCUUCUGAAAGCGACAUUGAUUUCUAUCAAGAACUUGACAAGUUGCUGGUAUCUUGUCCCGCAACCCAACCUGAACAUACCGAACCGAAAGCGCCCGUGGCGCUUAUGACACUCCCUCGUACCAGGGACCCUCAUCGAGAAUCUACUGGAUUUUACGAUGAUCUCCGCACAGACGAUACGGUGGGCGAGUUUCGCAAUGUGGACGAGCUAUUCAAUAGACGUAGCGGAAACAGAAGAACCACCACGACUACACGACCCUCGGGAGCUUCGUACAGGGUUAAGGAUCUGGCGACGCUAUCAAGUCGGAAUCGCAAGAGAGACUCCAACAGGUUUCAGAAGGAAGACUACACAAAAAGACGAAGAUUUCAUGAAAGUGAUUGGAGGCAAGUUGAAAGAUCUGAUAGGAGAAACAGCGUCAACGAACGUCGAGGUGACCAUCGACCACAACGAUCCCCAAGUUCACAGUCACAGCCGCCAAAAGGCCCAAGGGUCUGGGAAUUCGAACAAAGGUAUAGGCGGAACUAA